AUGGUCAGCCAAUCAGGAGAGGGAGAAGAGACAUUGUUCAAGGUCGGUGAACGCCUUUUUCGUAUUAAUUUUGAUAAUGGAAAAGCUGUUUCACACCAAGAUUUUUACGAGUUCGUGGAUAAUAUGGGAUAUGAACAUCGCGGGUUAUUUAAAUCUAUAGAGAAGUUGGCGAUAGUGGAAGGCGGGGAUGUGAUUUACGGAGAAGUUUUAUUCGAAAGAAACGAUCUUUUUGAUGUAAAAUUGGAUGGGUUAUGGCAAGGAAUGGUGUACGCCCUGUUGACGAAUAAGAAAAAUAAAGCGGAUGAAGAAAAACAAAACGAUGUGGACAAUGGUCCGAAGACAUUGUUGGUUCCGUCUUUCUUUGGCCGGAUCAAAAUUGAUUCUAAUCUUAUGCGUCUUAAAACACAUGAUCAAAUAAUUGGCAGAUUCAUGGUGAAUGUCAAAGAUAAUACAGGAGAUUAUCUUUUAUUCGAUAGCGAAUUGAAAGCAUUUGUUGUUGGAAAGAACAUGAUCUUUCGAACCAUGCCAUACAACAAUAAACUGCCAUUUCAAUUGAAUAACACCAUCGAUUAUUCCGAAAAUAAGUCCAAAAUUUUAUCAAGAAGAGCCGGGAUCAUCUCCACUUCGUGCAGAUUGCCUGGAAAUGUUAAAUCCAUUGAUGAUUUCUGGAGAUUGCUCACUUCGAAAGAGAUAAUCAGCCGUCGGAUACCCACAAAUCGAAUUCCAACCAGAGAUGUUUUGUUGAAAGGACGCAAAUAUGGACGUGUUUUAGAAGGAGGAGGAUUUCUGGAAGGGGAUAUCUCCGUGUUCGACAACAAAUUGUUUGGCAUUUCCGAGAUCGAAGCCAAGUCCAUGGAUCCCCAGCAAAGAUUGCUCUUGACUUCUGUUUAUGAAGCCAUGGAGAAGACUGGAGUUGUGAUUGGAGAGCAGGGAGGAGGGAAUCGAUGCAGUAGUGUUGCAACCACGCAUGGAAGUCAACAGGCAUUGUUAGGGCGUUCCAACGACAGGAAAGGAGUGGUAUUAGAAAGCGAUGAAUUGGAUGUGGAGAUGUCCAAAAUGGAUGAUGUAGUUCCUCUGGGAUCAAAGCAAAGGGAACCGACCAUACCGCCAAUGAAUAAGAGGGAUGAGAUUGGAGUUUUUGUUGGCACGAUGGGUUCAGAAUAUCUAUUAUCCGGAGACCAUAACGCCCUCUCAAUGCUGGGCAAUUCCAUCAGUUUUCUGUCAGGUCGGCUAAAUUAUUACUUCGAUUUCCGAGGCGCUUCGGUUGUCUUUGACACGGCCUGUUCCUCAUCACUUGUGGCUCUUGAUUCGGCCCUCAGGAAUCUCCGUUCUGGGAGGAUUCAGAAAGCGAUCGUUGCUGGAGUCAACCUUAUUUUAUCAGAAGAAGCCCUUGGGCAAAGGACCAAUGGAAAUCUUUUAUCGCCCGAUGGAAUCUGCCAUUCCUUCGAUGAAAGAGCCUCGGGCUAUGGAAGGUCAGAUGGGAUUGUAGUCAUGAUCUUGGAGAUGGAAAGAGAAGGAAGGGAGUACGAAGCAAUCAUUGAAGACACCAAUGUGAAUCAUGACGGGAGGUCGGCUGGACUGACGGCACCCAAUGGAAAUGCUCAUUAUGAUUUGAUAAGGGAUAUGGUGGAAGGGAGGAAUAUUGGAUUUUGGGAAUGCCAUGGGACUGGAACAGCUUUGGGAGAUCCGAUUGAACUAAAUGCUUUAAAUAAAGUGAUAUCUGAUAGUCGAGAUGCGAACAACAAAAUGGAGAAGGUCUAUUUGAGCACUGCCAAAGCGUGGAUGGGUCACUCGGAGGCUGCGAGUGGGCUUGUGGGUGUAAUGAAGGCCAUAUUGCAAUUGAAAUACGGGUUAGUACUUGGUUUACCUGAUCUGGGUACUGUAAAUAAGCAGAUAAAAUUGGAUAAAAGAAUCGAAAUCAGCAAGGAAGAUAAGAAUUUCACGGGUAAUUCGUGUGGAGUUUCUUCAUUUGGCGUCGCCGGUACCAAUGCUUGUGUUAUUUUAUCCAAGUGUGACGUGAGAGAAGCGAAUAAAACCAAUCAAAACAUUGGAGUCAUCCCUGUCUCAGCCAAAACAAUUAGCGCUUUGAAAAACAUGGAGGAGAUUGUGGAGAAUAGAAGUGAUUGGAGGGAGAUGGCUGUUGGUUUUGGUGUGCAUCGGAAGCACUUCAGAGAGAAUCGGUCAGUUUACUGUAUUCGAAAUAAAAAAUUGGAGAAGAUUAAGGAAGUUAAGAUGGACUUUAAUGAUUUAAAAUGUGAACUCGUUGAAGUGGAUGAGGAGGACGAAGGAAACUUCUAUAACAUAUUGUACAAGGUAUUAAACAGGAAUGAACAAUCGAAAAUUGAGUCAUCAAAAGACGUUCCGACAAACCGAUUUGAAAAUGUGACAAGAUUACUGUGGAAAUUAAACAAAUUUGGGAUUAAAAUGAAUGAAAUCUCGAUUAAUAACACGGUUUAUUCACUCGAAAAUUUGAAACAACUAACGAAGGAUCUAAGGCCUUUGUUUUCGACUCCCAAAGUGAUUCAAAUUACAGUAUCCCGCCAUAAGUUCGUUUUGAGUUCCCUUGAGUCCUUCCAAGACAUGGUAUCCUUGACCUAUAUAAAUAGAUUACCAGUGGAUUGGGCUGUGUUUUAUCCAGAGCCGUUAUCUCUCCCAAUCCUGAGAGGUCUUCCUACUUAUCAAUUUGACGAAAAAUCAUUUUGGAAAUCCGAAAGAACAAAUUAUUUUGAUCACCCGAUAGUUGGAAAUGUGAUCGAAGUAAGAGAAGAUACCAUGAUAUACGAAGGAUUUAUAUGCAAGUGGAGACAUGGAAAGCUUUUUGAAAGAGAAGUCGGAAUUGGUCUGGUGAUUGAGACCGCAAAAGGAUUAUUGUUUCAAUUUGAAAAUUUGGAAAUCCAAAAAAUAAAGUUUCAUUCUAAAUUUGUCUUGAAGAAUAAUGUUUGGAUGAGGUCAGAGGUCACAAUAAUCGAUGAUUCGUUUAACUUGGAGAUGAUGUUUGAUGGGAUAAACGUCGUGGAUGUCAAAGGAUUUGCAUUUUCCAAAAAAAUUGAUGACAAUUUCCACAAAGAAGGCAAUUACGUCGGAGUAAAAUAUAAUCACAAGUGUAAAAUUAUGAUAGAUAGUAUUUUAUUCAUUGACAAUUAUAUUCCAACUGAUACCAACUUGACUAUUAUGAUUGUAAAUCAUCAAGGUGAGAUCACUGAAUUCGACGAUGGCACUUUUAAAAGUAAAAAUCGGGUAUUGAUUUCUUUUGAAACUAAAAAUAAUAUAAAAUAUGUUGAAGAAAAUAUGACCAAUAAUAUAAUCGCAACGCCUGAUCGAGCCGAAAUUUUGUCCCCCAGAAUAAGUUCAAGUGAUAUCAGAGAAAAAGUGAUGACUUGCAUCGAAAAAGCGACCUUGUCUGAAUUUGAUCCUAAUCGGCAUUCCAAUACAUCAUUUGCUGAAUUGGGAUUGGAUUCGUUGGCUCUAAUCGGCUUCAUUAAUGAACUAAAUUCCUUGGAUUUGGUCAUCACUUCCGGUGACCUUUUGAGGUACAAUACAUACAAUCAGUUGGUAGAUUUUUUUACAAAAAAACAAAAUGAAAGUGGAUAUUCAUCAGCCAGAAACACGCAGAGUCCAGAUAUUUUGGAGACGACAUACAUUGAGCAAAGUAGAAAUAACUCUCAAAUUGCCAACUCUAAGGUCCCAACGGCGUCUCAACAACCUACGGAUGAGAAAACUGCUGCUUCCGAGGAUCCUGAUAUUACUUUCCUAUCAGAUUCCAAUGUUUUGUAUGUUUUGAAAGAAUUUAAGGCUGAGAGAAAGCCCGACUUUACCUUGAAAAUACUUUCAAAAGGACGAACUGUCGUCCUCAGUUACAAAUACCUCAAUACUCGAUCAAAAAUAACCUUCAAAGGCCUGUCGAUCAAACUACUGCACCUUAAACCCAAGAUUGUCCAAAUUGUUUUUAUUUCUGAAUCUGAAUUCAACUCUCGGACCGCAUCUCAAUUAUUUCUCGAUCUCGGAAAAGUCUUCUCAUCCUUACAGUCGGAAGUGAGCAUAUCGGUACUCGAUAAUGACAACUGGUUAUCAGCCGCUGGGAAGUCUUUCAUAAAAAGUUUUGUGGCAGAAAAUCCGAGUUAUUUGAAAUACAUAAACGAUGAGAAAUUGAGGAGACUAUAUUUGGAAAGUGAUGUGAAAAGAGUGAGUGGAGUCUGGGUUGUUACUGGAGGAUCCUCAGGCCUUGGGUUGGAGAUGGCCAAGCAUCUGGUUGAACAUCAUUUGGUCGACCAAGUUGUUAUCAUCAGCAGAAACAAACCGAAAACCAAACUUCCUGAUAAAAUACAGCAUCUAAAGGUUGAUUUAACGGUUCAAAAAGAUGUCCAUAAAAUAAGGCAGUACAUAAACAGUAAAGGAAUCCGGGAGAUUAAUGUUAUUCAUUCAGCUGGAGUAUCUGCCGAUUGUUUAUUUAGCCAAAUGACCUUUGAGAAUUUCCAGAAACCAUUAAUGGCCAAAUGCGAUGGAUUAGUUUGCUUGUUGGAAGAGUUGAGGCCUUUCAAACUUGGGUAUCUCAUAUUGAAUUCAUCGGUGAGCUCGGUUUUUGGAAAUGUUGGCCAAACAAAUUACUCUGUGGCCAAUUCUUUUCUUGAUUUUAUCGCCAAAAAGAUGACAGAGAAGGCAGAACGUGUGAUUUCAAUUAAUUGGGGCAAUUGGAACCAAACUGGACUUGCGGCAAAUGAAAAAACGAUCAAGAUUUUGGAAAAGCAAGGAUUCUUUGGAUUCAGAACAGAUGAAGCAUUGGCCUUAUUCGAUAAAAUAUUGGGAACAAACCAAAUAAAUCAAGUUAUUGUGGCCAAGAGUGAUUGGGAAAAGAUGCUCGAGAAUCGACCAGAUCUGGCACAAUUGUUAAGCGAAGUCGGUCGGACGAAAAUUGAUGACAAAACGCGCAAUUGUCACGGGAAUGACGUCAUCGAUGAAAAUAAAAUAGACGGCAAAACUGAAAUUAAUCAAAUCAUUCGGUCGUCAUUAAGCGAGCUCCUCAAAAUGAAGGAAGAAUUCAUUUCCGAUAAUGACGGAUUCCUUGAAUUGGGGCUGGAUUCUCUUGGGAUGCACACGUUUUCUUAUAAUCUCAGCCAGAAAUUUAAAAUUUGUCUAACGGUUAUCAAUUUAUUCGAGUAUUUUAACAUAACAAAAUUGACGGAUUACAUAAGUCAACAAUUAACGAGUGAUACUGCUAAAGAACAACCACAAAAUCGAAAGAAAAAGCUGAAAGAGACCGCAUCUUCUCCGUCCUUGGACUCUCAUUUAUCCAAAAUAUCGGAUGAAAAUGAAAAUGGAACAAAAGUGGAGACAAAAGGAUUAAAUCAAGAGGACAAACCACUCCCAAAUUUGGUGUUUUUAUUCCCGGGGACCUUUCCUUUGGAUCAAGAACUAAAUUGGGAUCUGUUUUCUGACAUCUCAUACCUGGCCAGACAACUUCGGACUUGCUCGGAAUACUUUGAAGACCUCUUAAACAUCUCCAUUCAGAAGUUAAUAUCACAAAAAGAACUCAAUAAUCUCGAACUGCCUGUGCAGCAAGCCAUAAUCUUCUCGGUGAACUAUUCGAUUGCCAAGUUUUGGACUCAUUGUGGCCUCAAACCAACUCAUCUGCUUGGCCAUAGUUUAGGAGAACUGGUGGCGAUCACUAUGGCCGGAUAUUUGGAUCUAAAACAAGCUACCAAACUUGUAAUUCAUCGGGCCAAGGGAUUGACCAAGGCUCGAGGAAAAGGCCAAAUGGUGGCCGCACAACGAGAAAUUCUGUCGGCGGUUUCGCUGGAACAAUUGGAUAUUAGCAUUGCUGCAGAUAAUGCUGAUAAUCAGAUCGUUUUAUCAGGUCCCACCAAGUCCAUGGAAAAGGUGAUCCAAGAGGCCGAGAGGGCGGGAUUGGUGGCCAAAGUAUUGAAUCCAGAAUUUCCUUUUCAUUCAAAACAAAUCCGGGAUGAAUAUCUGAAAUCCGUGAACAUAUUUAGUUGGAGGAAAGUAAAGAAAGGUUACAUUCCUGUGAUUAGUAAUGUGACAGCCCGUCCUUUGGUCGAGUUCACCGCCAAGUACAUCAAAAUCCAUGCCCGAUCAACCGUUCUCUUCAGGGAAUCUUUGAAUUAUGUCAUAGGUCAAGGAGAAUGCGUAUUUUUGGAAGUUGGAUUAGGUCAUCUUCUAUGUUCGUUGGUCCAGAAAACCUUGAAUCCCAAGAAUCUGCAUUACCUAAUCAUUGGGAGUAGUGUAAAUGGCCACAAAACACUUGAUUUGGCCAAGGCUAAACUCGAAUUAAAGGGAUUUGAUGUUGAUAAAAAAGCUUUUGAAUUAGCGACAGGAAGGCCAACAGAUGUGUUUGAUGACCUCAGAGCACAACAUUUAAGUGUUAGAAUUAAGGCCAAAUGGCAGCGACGAUUGAGUGAAGAGAUCCAAGGGAAAGACAAACAAAUUAAUCCUUCGAAAUUGCUUCUAAAUAAGAGAAUAGUAGAAGUCAACGAAACAGAUGUCGAAGUGAUCAGAGAUCAUGUUCUCUUCGAUCUCCCCACCGCCCCCGCCGCCUUUCUCAUCAAAUGUUUUAUCGAUCAUGCCAAGUUCAGCGAGUUUAAGAUGGCUGACAUCAGACUUCUAUCCAAACUUUAUGUCGAUGAUCUUAAUGGUCUUAUCACCAAUUUGGAUGGCCAAAGGCUUCAGCUCAAAAAUGAAAACAAACUUUUUGCCAGUUGUUUAAUUGCGCCUAAGGCGUUUUUAGAGGAUCCGGAAUUCCCUUCGGACGAUCCUGGAGUUAGAUUAAACCCUCAGGUCUUCUAUAAUAGUCUCAGCAGGGCUGGAUUUCAUUAUGGUCCCAGCCUGAGGCUAUUAUGUGAUAUCAGAUUGAUGACUGGAGAUAGAAUAAGAACUAAAUGUGCGGCUCCCAAAAAGCCCUGGAUUUCCAUUGAUUUGGCCCUUCAAAGUCUGAGUUGUGGCCUCUUCGAUCCCAUGUUCCCUUGUUGUUAUGUCCCAGUUAGAAUCGGGGAACUUUUUGCCCGCCUUCCACUUGUUAAUGACAAGAAUGAGUGGACUUUUCAUGGAGAAAUCACUAAAAAGGAUCCCCAAAUGGUCGAAGGAAACAUCGCCGCCUUUUCCAAUGGAGUGCUUUCAAUUCUGAUAAAGGACGUAAAGGCGGUGAGAAUGUCAAGGAAUACGGUAAUGAGGCCGCUGAGGAGGAACGCGAUAUCAACUGAUGAUGAGUUGAGUGAUAUUCAAAUAGUGCCACGACAAAUGAAAAGAAAAUCGGAUUCAAAAAAUGAAAAGAAUGACAAGAAGAGAGAUAAAAGUAAAAGCAUCGAUAAUGCGGAUAAGAUGAUCAAAGAAAGGAAAUUCCUCAAAAAAUUCGCAAGUUUCGACACAGGAGAUUAUCAAAAGAUAGAGAAUGGAAACGACAAAAGGAUGGGGGACAAGAAUGAAAAGGCAAAAGUAAAGUCAAAAUUAAUGUUAAAGCUGUCAAAUCCAGAGAAAUUACAAAGUAAUAUCACGAAUGAGCCGAGAAAUGAGAAGCGUUAUGGUGUGAGGGAGAAUAACGUUGAUAGCGUCCAGGAUUUUCGUCUUUUGCCCGAUGUAAAAACAAAAUUUAAACCGAUUUACAUAACCGGAUACUACGGUAAAUUUAGCUGUCAUUCUUUUCAACCAAUUUUCGAUGAUUUCGCAGAAAUAUCGCUGAAUCAAGACGUCCUAAAAUUACAGUAUGACUUUCGAUAUUUCAGUCCAGAGAGGUUCAAUUUGAGUCCGAGAGAAGCUCUUUUUAUGGAUCCGGCUCAAAGACUAUUACUUUUAUCAGCCGAUUGUCUCUUGCAAAGUCUCGGUCAGAAGACCUUUCCCAAUACUACUGGAGUUUUCGUCGGAUCUUCCAACUCAGAUUUUUCUCAACGAUGUUACAAAGAAGUUGAGCCCUCAGGGUAUUUAAUGCCAGGUUCCAAUCAAAGUUCCUUGUCCAAUAGAAUCUCCCAUCAUUAUCAUCUUCAAGGCCCUUCUAUUACCCUCGAUACUGCCUGCGCUUCUUUCUCUACAGCCUUUUCUGUGGCCAUUGACAAUAUCCAGAUGGGGCAUUGUAGUCACGCAAUUGUGGGGGCUGUCAAUCUGAUUUUAAAUGAUAAAACGACUGAAGUGUUGAGAAAUGCAGGAGUUCUAAGUCCAAGUCAUCGAUGCGCUUCUUUCUCUGAUAAGGCUGAUGGAUAUAUGAGAUCCGAAGGCUUCGGAUUAAUAAUGAUCACGACUGACCCGACGAAAGCUUUGUUUGAAAUUAAGAAAGUGUCAUCGAUUCAUGUGGCUGGCUUAAGCGGAGGUUUAUAUAUCCCAGAUAAGAAGGCAGAAUUAUCAGCAAUGCUGGAUGCAACUGCUGAUAAAGUGGAUUUGAUUGAAUGCCAUGGAACUGGGACUUCUUUGGGAGAUCGGAUUGAAUUGGAAGCUGUAAAUGAAUAUGUGAAAAUGACAACCAACGAAGAAGAGAAAGUUGUAAUCACUGCCAGUAAAAGUUAUUUGGGACACUCCGAGGCUGCCAGUGGAUUGGCCAGUCUUUUUUCUGUAAUCAAUGUUAUGAAUCAUCAAACCAUACCUAAAAUAAGAGGCCUAGAUAAAGUUACUAAUAAGAUUGAGUUAAACAGUAAUAUCAUAAUACCACGGGAGGAUAUAAAACGUCCAGUAAAGAGAGCCUUAAUCAAUAAUUUUGGAUUUACUGGAAGUGUAAAUUCAUUUUUGGUUGAAAAAGUUGAUAAUCAUGUUAUUAAUAGAGUGGCCCAAUUAGAGAAAGGGCGGCUCAAACUAUGGCCCUUCAAAGAAAAUGACGUCAAAAUCGAAGAAGUUCAUAAGGAUUCGUCGAAAUACAAAAUCGAUCUAACAGGGCGACAUGUUAUACGAUGGAAUCCGAAUGAAGAGGAUGUUUUAAACGAGCUCCUGGCGUUGAUCAGGACACUCAGAAUGGAAGAUGAUGUAGUUGUAAUAACGUCCAAAGCAUUCAGUUUUAUUGUCCAAGUGGUGGCAAUUAAUUUCAAAAAAGAAAACCUUCAAACAAACAUUACAGUAAUCUCGGAGGAUUUCUUGGCGCCAAAAAUAAAAUUUGAAUCCAUCCGAGAUGAAUAUGGAUCUAAGAAAAGGAUGAAGAAAUGUUUGAUUAUUGGGGGCAACAGUGGAAUUGGAAAGAUUUUAUUGUCAGUGAUACAGCCAGAGAUAUUAAUCAUGGUCGGAAGAAAACAAAAAGAGAAAUAUCCCGAGGGAAUCAGCUUCUAUGAAGCUAACAUUGAUGAUUAUGAGACCUUAGAUCAGAUCCUUAAUAAUGAGAACGAAAACGAGACCUUUGAUUGUGUAAUCAACUGUGCGGGAGUGGUUGACAAUGUUAUGAUAAGUAAUGUUACCUUCGAAAGUCUCGAAAAAACAUUCAAACCAAAAGUUGACGGGACCCGAAAUUUGAUAAAAUUAUGUCAUAAAUAUGGAAUCACCAAGAUUAUCAGCAUCUCCUCCAUCGCCGCUUUAUUCGGAUCUUUUGGCCAGAUUAAUUAUGUCUUGGCCAAUUCUUUAAUGGAGAAAAUAAUCGAAGAAAGUGGUCUUGAUUAUUUGAUAUUGAAUUUGGGACCCAUAAAAGGGGCUGGAAUGCUGGCUGACUAUGGAAAACAAAUGAUCAGAGAUCAGAUCAGAGACUCGGGAUGGGGAUUUAUUGAAGUCAGGGAGUUGAGGGAUGCCUUGGAGAAAGUCUGGUGGAGAAACGGACAGUUUAAGAUCACGGCUGACAAUAAAAAUAAAGAAAAAAGUGAAGGUGAUGGUAAUAACGAAAGGAAAAACAUUGAAGAAGAUCUACAGGAAGUAGUUCGGAAUAUUGGAGGAUUGGAUAAGAUAUCAGAGAACAAGGGAUUAAUGAGCUUGGGAUUCGACUCUUUAUCUGUUGAGCAAUUGAGGCAGAGCAUACAGAAACGAUUCAAGGUGAAAAUAGAACCUGUGGAGAUGUUUGAAAAUGUGAGUUAUAAAGAUUUGCUAGUCCUAGUAAAGGAGAAGAUUGAGAAGAAGGUCAGAAAGGAAGAGGAAAAGAUCGAAGAAGAUACUAAGAAAACUACAGAAUUCAUGAAGAAUGAUGACAAAGGCCAGAGACUUGGAAUUGUCUCAUUUUCGGCUGAAAUCCCCAAAUGCGAAAACGAAUUCGAAUUUUUUGAAAAACUCCUUCAAGGAAAGACUCUGUUCGAACACAACGAAGAUGAGAAUGACUAUAUUGCUUGUUCAAGUAACCUUUCUGACCGUUUAAAUUUUGAUUUUUCGAGGUUUGAAAUAUCGGAUAACGAUUUGAAAAUUCUAGAUAUUACUAUAAAAUAUGCAAUCAAACAUUCUUAUAUUGCGUUAGAAAGAGCUGGAUACAAUGAGAAGAGAAGGGAAGGCAUGAAGAUUGGAGUGAUAACUUGUUGCGAACCAAAGAUCCACUCUGAGUACCAUAAUCAUGUUAAACUUGGCAGUGGAUUUGCGUCGGAUUCUGAUCUGAGAAUUCAUCCGAAGAGAGGAUCGUUGAUGGAAAUGUACAUGGCCAAUCAGAAGGACUUCCUUUCCGUUUGGAUCUCUCAUAUUCUCCAUCUUACAGGUCCUUCUUUCUCCGUUUAUUCCGCCUGUUCUUCUGCUUUAUCAGCUAUCUAUCAGGCGAAGAAUCUUCUGAGUAAUGGAAUUGAUAUGGUUGUUGUAACAAGUGUUAACGUCUUGGACAUGAUGGGCCAUGAAAGAGAGAAUGGAAGUGUUUUGGCAUCCGAACAGGCUUGUCGACCAUUCUCAAAGCAAUCAACAGGCACUUUGAGAGGGAGUUUUGUUGGAAGUUUGCUACUCAAACAAGUAAAUGAUGACGAAGAAGUGAUGGCCAUCAUAGAAAAUGUAUGCUUAAACAAUGAUGGAGGCCAAAAAAAGAGUAAUUUCAUGGCACCCAGCAUAGCAGGACAAUCUGAAUGUAUUAAAAAUGCCAUCAACGGUAUCAACCAUGUAUCCAAAUCAAUCGAUUACAUUGAAUGUCAUGGAACAGGUACCCAGGUUGGAGAUGCUAUUGAAAUUCGGGCGCUCAAAAACGCUUUCUCUGAGUGCAACGUAAGGAAUGAACGGAAGAUCUUCUUAGGCUCGGUUAAGGCCAAUCUCGGCCAUUGUUUUGCGGCUUCGGGGAUGGCUUCGAUUAUAAAAUCUUUGAUGAUUUUGAGGACUGGAAGGAUCCCCAAACAAAUAAAUAUAUCGUCGGAAGAGGAGAUUAUCGAUGAAAUCAAAGAUUCUAUGUUUGAAGUACCAUUAGAAGAUAAGAAGGUGAACAAAAAUAAUUUGAAUGUUCUAAUUAAUUGCUUUGGAAUUGGGGGGACCAAUGGGUCCAUAGUGCUCUCAAAACGAUCAGAAUUGGAUACAGAAUACGAACAAAGACCCUUAUCAAAUAAGAUUUUCUUCUUGCCUAUUAGCGGAGAGUCCCCCGAAGGUUGUCUUAAAAUGGCCUCAAGUCUUUCAGCUUAUUUGAAGACUUUUGAGGUGGACAAUAACAAGAUGCAUGUAAUUUCGAAUACUCUGAUUAAUCAAAGAACUGCAGCGCAAUACAGAGUGUGUAUAACAACGCGAUCGAGAGAAGAAGCUAUCCAAAAACUGGACAAUAUUGGUAAAGAACAAGUGUUCAGGGUCGAAGAAAAUCCCAAAAUGGCCAUUUAUUUGUGUCAUCAGGGAGUGGAAUACCCAGAAAUUUUGAGAACAGAAAUCGAAGAUUGGCCAGAUCUCCGAGAUUACUUCGAUGAUUUAUAUUCAAAUUCUUUGGAUCCAGAGGCAUCAUCUUUAUCAAUUUAUUCGAUAUCUAAAGGAAUAUUCAAAUUUUUAAAAGAUUUUGGAAUGGACGACCCGUCAGUUCUAAUUGGUCACAGUUUGGGCGAGUACACAGCCUUGUCUUUGGCCAAGGCAAUUGAUGACAAAAAAUGUAAAAAAUUGAUAAAAGAAAGAGGGAAAAUGAUUAAAACUACCGAGAAAACAAAGAUUGUCGCUGUAAAAACAAAGGAAAUGCACCUGGAGGGAUUCGAAUUGAGCGCAGUUCUAAGUGAUGACUUCAAAACCUUUGUGACCACUAAUGAAAAUAAUCAAAUUGAAUGGUUAAAAGAACAAGGAUUGGAUUACAAAGUUCUUAAGGGGGACUACGGCUUCCAUUCAAGGUUUAUUUACUCAAUUAAGGCUGAUUUCGAGAGGAUUUUAUCAAAUUAUCACCUCGAUUCUCCACAAAUUCCGCUAAUCUCAACUUUUGAUGGCCAAAUAAUCGAAGAGCCAAGGAAUGCCGGUUAUUUGGCAGAUCAUCUAGUCAAUCCCGUUAGACUGGACAAAGCGUUGAAAGCGCUUCAAGAACACUUUGCAGAAGUCAAGUUUGUGGUGGAAAUAGGGCCUGAGAGCAUUCUAAAGAGCUUACUUCCCCAUGAAAUUACCCAUAUUCCAACUUUACCAUCGUAUAAAGGAUACAAACAAGGGUCAGGACAAGGACUAUGGACGGCUCUGGCAGAUCUCUGGAGCCAUGGAUUCUCCGAAAAUUUGCAUAAAUUAUCAGGAAUCAGCAAAAAUUUUGAUCAUUGGAUACCAUUUUGUAAUGGUUACAAAUGUGAUGACAGGACCAUUUUAUACGACAGAUUCCAACGGGAGAUCGAUAGAAAUAAAGCUAAUGGAACUCUCGAGAUCCGAUAUAAUCGAGGAGAAUUUCGAGCAUACCAUCAGGUCUUCAAUACAGUCACCUUUAGAGGACAUCGGUCUUCAGAAGUUUAUUUUCUGGAUCAUAAUUUGACUUCAAGCCAGGUGCAUGACUUGCUAAAUAAUCGAAAUGACGGCGAUAGUCUCCCAAUUAUUUGUGUAAAAGCCGAGAAGUCGUCGAUAGGAAUCAUUGGAGAGCUCACAUCGCAGAUUGAUCAUCUCAAACUGGUCAAGGAUAUUGUAAUUGUCAUCUUCACUGAAGCCGAGAAUGUAUUCGGGUACAUGGUGGCUGGAGUCAUCGACGAAAUCCUCGAUGAAAAUCCUUCCGCCAAUAUUUUCCACAUAGUUUUGGAAUCGUUUGAUGAAAUCGAUGACGUCAUCCAACUUCUGAAGACCAAUUCGAUCAAUGGAAAGGGAAUUCCCCAUUAUCGAUAUAUAGAUCAUAAUCUGAAACAGCUGCGAUACAAAGUGACUGAUGGCCACAUAUCCGACAGUGUCGUAAAGAACAAUCCGAGGAUCCUGUUGGUGGGUUACGGUAAUCUUGGAGAAGCCAUCCAUCAUCAGCUGGAACGGCGAUUUCAUAAACCCGAGAUCGUUUUGAUGAGCAGAAGUAAGAAGAGAGAGGUCGAUUACAUCCAUUGUGAUCUCACAGACCAGCAAAUCAUCCAGUCAGCGGUCCGAGACCUCUUCCACAUCUACAAUCAUGUAGAUUACUGUAUUUUCCUGGCUGGAGUUAAGCCCUUAGGCGAUAGAUGUCGAGGAGAAGAAGAGAAAAUCCGGGUUCUCUCCCCUAAACUGGCACUUUAUCAGUUAUUGAGGGAGUUCUCGGAUCGUAAUAUCAAGAUUGGAACCCUGAUUCUGACGUCUUCCCUGAGUUCUGUAACGGGAUUACCGUAUAUUUCGGAGUAUGUGAUGGCUAGUAACUUUCUGGAUGGAAUUGCAAUCAAUUCCCAUCUCUUUCCGGGCAUCCGGAACAUAUUAUCUUUACAAUUGCCGCCUUUAAAGGGGAGUGAGAUGAUGAAAAGAGAGGGUAAAUUACUGGAGGACAACUCUGUCGACAUCCAAAAGGCCGCGGAAUGGAUGGUGGAGAUGAUGAUCGAUGAAAAAAAUGGAAUCCUCGCUUAUUCCAACGAGAAUCCAGCUAAAAUACGAGAAUUCAUUAGAGGAACUGACGAUUCGACACAAAAUAAUUAUCGACUGGUCGAAAAGCCAAGUAAAAAUUUGGAUAAAAUUUCUUUAAAGGAAAUAUGGAGAUCAGUCCUAAACAGGGAUCUGAAAGACGAAGAUGACUUUUAUGGACUUGGAGGGAAUUCUCUGAAUGGAUUACAAAUAAUCUGGGCAGUCCAAUCCAAGUAUAAUAUAAAUUUGAAAUACGAAGAUUUGGCGGAGAACUCAAGGUUCAGAGAUUUCUUUGAAUUAAUUUCAUCCAGAAAUACAAAUGAAGUCACAAAAAUAAGACCGAGGGGUCUGAGAGAAGGCCCGUUAAGUUACCCACAAGAACAGAUGUACUUCUUGUAUAAAACAGAUCCACAGAAAUAUAAUAUCAUGUUUUUUAUUCGAUUUGAAGCUCCCUUGGAUAAUGUUAAACUUCAAAAAACAUUGUUCUCUCUUCUGAAACGACAAAGUCAGCUACGAACUGUAUUUUUUGAGACAAAUGGUGGAUUAAAGCAAGAAAUUUUGGAUCCGGAGAUUGGUUUUAAUCGAAGUUUAAUACUCGAAAGUAGAAAUUUGGAUGAGCUGAUAUGCGAAGAACAAGAUUUUAAAUUCGAUCUGUCUCUAAAUGCCUUCAGGUUUAUAAUUGGAGAUGAUUUUGUGCUUGUAAAUCAACAACACAUCAUCACAGAUGGCUGGAGUGUCUCUGUUUUUGCUUCAGAAUUCUCAAAAAUAUUCAGAGGAGAAGAUCUUGGGCUACUUUCUGUCAAUUACAUCGAUUAUUCUCUCCAUCAGAGAGAAAAUUAUAAUUUGGAAAAAGAAAAGGACUACUGUAAUUAUUUGAAGACAUUGCCAUCGGAAGGGACCAUCAUUUGGAACCAUCGGUUAUCAGCGAACAAAGAUGGGACGACAAGAAAAGAAGUAACAUUAUCAUCGGAAAUAACAAAGCUUUUGAAAGAAAAAGCUGCGAAUCAUUCGACAAGUCUCUUCAAAGUAUUUUUGACCAAAUUUUUGAUGGUUUUAAAUAGAUUUAAGACCGAGGAUAACAAGAAACUUGUAAUUGGAGUCCCCAAUGCAGGAAGAGAAUACAAAGAGACGGCCGGAUUGAUAGGAUACUUCCUAAAUAACUGGGUUAUUGCUGUGGACGUUAAAGAAAUCGAAAUUUCCUUUGAGAAUUGCCUCAGACAAGUGGACAAGGCGUUGAAGUUGGCUGAGAAUUUUGCUCAGGUUCCGUAUCACAAAGCUGUUGCCCAAGUGCGAGGAGCAAGCACUGGGGAAUAUACGAUAUUCCAGGUUAGUUUAGAAUGUUCUCUAUGUAAAUACAACGAUAUAUUUUAUUUUUAGACCUUCUUCAACUACCGGCAUAGGCUAGAAUUCCCGGAAAUUAAUCUGGGCCCCGGAAUAAAAUGCACCGUAACCCAAGUCAACAACAGUAACAUCUUUCCCUUUUCUUGUACGGUUGAUGAAUUGGAUGAUGCGAAUAUUAAAAUCACAUUGGAAUGGAAUCCUCUUUAUAUUCACUUGGAUGUAAUAGAGAUCUUUGCCGACGAAUUUAUCGUUGAAUUAAGAGGAAAUAGAAUGGUUGAUGUGGAGAUUAUCGAAGAGGAAGGUCCCUUCGAAGAUGUGGUAUCAAUGUUUUUGAGACAGGACAAGAACAGAAUCGCCCUCCAAUAUCAUGACGACCAUUGUUUAUAUGGGGAAUUGAGGGAAAAGAUACGAAGAAAUUCAGAGUAUUUAAAAGCUCAUUUCAAGGGGAUUACGGGAAGGGAAAUUGGGGCAGAAGACGUGAUUCCAUUGUGGAUUGAGAGCAGUCUUAUGCCCGAAUGGAUUCUUACUGUACUUUAUACGGGAGCUGCCUUCUGUCCGAUGAAUUUAAGUGAACCUGCCAGAAGAAUCAACGAAAAAGUUGCACUUCUCAACGCUAAUGUCCUCAUUACAACAAAAAUAUCGUUGGAGAUUACGGUACCUACAAUCAGAACGAGGUAUCAUCCUCAUGAUUACUUCCACAAAACCUACAGUAAACAUCCACAUAUCAUCCCCAGUCAAUUGGCCUAUGUUUUAUAUACUUCUGGUUCUACUGGUGUCCCGAAAGCAGUCCAAAUAGAACAUGGACAGCUGAAUAGUUUCCUGCAGAGAGCAAGGGAUGACUUUAAACUGACUAAGGAUACUGUAAUUGGAUGUACAGUCAGCUUUACUUUCGAUGUCUCCCUUUUUAAUCUGUUCGGAUCCCUUUGUUUUGGAGGGAAAUUGGUUCAAAAAGAUUCGCCGACUGACUUCAUCGACAGUUCCGACCACUUUACCCAUCUCUUCUUCACCUCGGCCAUGUUGAAUUCUCUAAAUGAUGAGAAGAUUAGAAGGCUGAACACUGACUGGUUGAUUGUUGGAGGCGAAACUCCCUUGACUGAGAAAUUAACCGCAUUUUACAGUACUGGGAAUAGGUUAAGUCAGAUUUAUGGACCUACUGAGACCACAAUUUGGACGGCCGUAAAUCAUUAUGAACAGGGAAUCGAAGACGGGAGAAUUAUUGGUAAGUCUUCUGUUAGUGUCACAUACCUAUUGACAAUCAUGAGAUUUCAAUUUAAUUAUGUUUUAGGCACAUCAACAUGUCCAUUUGUAAUCGCGACUCCAUUUUCUAAACUCCCCCAAAUUCAGAAUCCUGGUUCGAUUGGAGAACUCUGGAUUCUGGGAUCCCAAACAGCCCGAGGGUAUAUAAAUGGAACUGCUGGUUUUGUGAACAAUGCAUUUGGCACCAACAGAAGGGGGUUCCGAACCGGAGACCUUGUUUUUGAGAUGACAGACAAGAGAUUACUGUAUUUGGGGAGGUUGGAUGAGACUAAAAAGAUCCGAGGCAUUCGAAUCGACCUCCAAGAAAUCAGAAAUAUCAUCGUGAAGAUAUUUAGGCAUCCAUUUUGGUUGGAAAUCAGCGAUGAGAAUAUUAUUUUGGUGGUGGAAGAUGGGAAAAAUUGGGUGGGUUGGAAGGAAAAAUUGAGAGAAGAAUUGGCCGAAUAUCAGAUUCCAAAUAGAUUGAUGGAAGUUGGCAAGAUCCCGUUGAAUACGAAUGGGAAAGUUGACUCGAAACGACUUCAAAUGAUGAUAAAACAAGAUGUAAUCGCAAACGUCAUCAGUGUUGAUAACCAAGUUUAUGGUCAAUUAACCGAAAUCUGGAAGUCCAUUUUAGGCGAAAGCAUUCAGAUAGAGCCCGCGGAUAACUUCUUUUGUCUCGGCGGCCAUUCCUUGACCCUAAUUAGACUCCAGUCUCUGAUCGAAGAGACUUUUGGCAUCCAUAUUGCGCUAUCUUCAUUAGCACAGACUAAAUCAAUAUCAGAUAUGGUGACGUUGAUCGAAAAGCAAUCUAGAAAGUAUAUAACUGUAAUUCGGGAAAGCCCUGAGGCUACGAAAUCAGUCUAUUGUAUCCAUGCCAUUGGAGGGACUGUGUAUCCAUACUAUUCUUUACUCAGUUUUUGGCCAGAGGAUUGUAAUAUUUAUGGAAUUGGAUACGAUGACACCAUCGAGGCUGAUGAUCUAAUCGGAUUGGCCAAGUUUUAUCACAAAACGGUAAGUAUAAAGAUAUUUUUUAAAAGAAUGUUUAGCUUUUUUUGCUGAAAUAAACAUAUUUUUAAGAUCCUUUAUCACGUCAAAAAAGGAAAUCUUCCAUUUUUUUUACUUGGACAUUCCCUAGGAGGAAUUUUGGCAUGGGAAAUCGCAAUCAUGCACCAUGUUAACUCUCAAAUCUCCGUGAUCGUUAUGGCCGUUGACUCCUGGGCCCUGGAUAAUCACAAAUUAAACGAAUCGGCUAUUAAAAGUUAUCUUACAGUAAGAAGGUCAUCAAAAUCAAAUCCUUUUAGACUCAAUUUGAACACUUCGAUAAUCGAAAAGAGCUGCUGAUCAGAUCGAUGAAGUUAUGCAAGAUGCUGAAAUCCCAUACAAUAAGUAAUUCUGGACUUAAAAUCAUAUUAUUCAAGGCAAAAGACCUUGGAAAAAGCGAAAUUAAUUCAGCGAUACGGUAAGAGCUUUAGAGAAUUAUUGUAUUUUUAUGGGUUAUGUUAAUUUUACUAUAUUUUAGAAGAGAUCUCACACAAAAUAUGGUCAGAUCAGUGAUCGACAACGGCUGGGGAUUUUAUUGUGAUGAUCUGGAGGUAAUCCCAGUAAACGGAGAUCACGAUUCUCUGAUUUCACAUCUCAAUGAACACAAGAAACAGAUCCAUAAUAUCAUAAAUCAGAUAUAA